AUGGUCUUCCCCGGUCCAAAACAGUCUUUCUACCAUGAUGGUGAGCCCUCUUGCUCAAAAGCUACUCCUCGGUUUGGUACUGAAACGAAAACAGCACACCCUGUCGGCCAAUCUACUGUAUCUGCUCGCAGCCAGAUGGUCUCGGAGGUGAAUGAUCGGUGUACUGAAGAUCUAUCAUGCGAAAGCAUCUCUAGCUUUGAGGACUGGGCAAAUCUUACCGAUUUGUCAUGGUCACCAGUCAACAAGUAUGACAGUAUUGGCAGAACUAACUCUAGUUGCCCGACCAGAUACGGUGAAGAAGAUGGUUCGUUCAGCGGAAAACAAAUCGAAAGUAUGGAAACGAAGAGUCAGGCGGCUGCUCAUGAAAAUCUGAGAGUUGCCAAGAAGCCCACUGAUUCUAGGAAAGGUCAUUGCACCUCAAACACUCGCUAUGAGGUGGAGAGAAAACGAAGGCACAGGAUCAGUGAGAAGGUUGCAGCUCUCCAUGACCUCGUACCCAAUGCAAGAAAGCGUGAUAUGGCCUCCAUGCUGGAUGACGCGGUUAAGUACAUGAAAUCACUGCAGCUGCAACUUCAAGCCAUGCAGAGGAGCCUAGAAUGCAGCGCUUGGAUUUCUGCAGGGUUCACCGUCCAAGGGUACCUCCGGCCUCACCUUCAGUCAACACCACCACGCCAAUUAGGACCGAUCCAAGCAUUCAAUUUUGGCGGUGGACCGGUGGAUCCAUUCCUUCCACAGCGCUACCCAAUUACUAGUUCAACACCUGCGCAUAGCCAGUCUUCAUCAUCAUCACCUUUUCUAAUGCUGCCCAAUCCUUCACAGCCAUAUCAUGUCACCAACAGCAUAAACUAUGCACCGCCUUCGCAUCAUCAUCACCGAAUGACGCAGACGCAAUCCGGCCAGGUGCUUUAA